CAGAUAAUCUAUAUAAACCCAAUACGAUCCCUUCGAUAUCUCUUCCGUCUUCUCUAUCACUCAACCUCAUCCCUCUCAGCUCACUUCCCCAACAUCAUACACAUACUUCAACCUUCAACUUCACGUUGCAAAUCAGUCAAAAUGGUCGUCGAGAAAGGCAACAAGAUCUUCAUCCCCGCUGACCAGCUCACCACUACCGAGGUCAAGGUAGAAUGGUCCAAGAACUGGACCGAUUACUCCGCCCAGUACUACUCGGUCCCUUUCUUCAACAGAGAUCAGGGCAACGAGGAGAGCGUCAUCUUCAUCCAGAAGAGCUACCUUGACUCACUCAAGAACAAGAAGGCUCCUGGAGAUGAUCUCACCGUCAUUGUCGAUGACUCUUUCCAGUAUGGCCAGAACAAGGAGAAGACCAAGCGCUGGUUGGCGUACCAUGACAAGAAGAACGAAGCAUACCAGUGGCGCUUUGUCGAGGGUCUCAAGUCCAAGCUUGGCAAUGCCGCCCUCAAGUUCGCUGGUGGGUUCUUCCCCAGCAUUGAUCUGGGCAUGCUGAAGCUGCUCUUUGGUGACUACCUCCGCAACUUUUAAGUGGUCAAACUUUUGGCGAGUAGAUGCGACGGUCUGGUGCCGGCAAUGGUUCUGGCCUGUGACAAAGAGGGGGUUUUUGCCCGAAGGUUUCCCCCUCUGAGACGUGUGCUAGAUCGGACAAGCGUGCCCGCAGGCUGUGCGGUAUAUAAGCUGUGAGAACAAAUAGUUGAACAAUCUCC